GAAUGCCCAGGACUACCUAGAACUAGCCUUGCGGUUAACGAUGACGGACAUGAACAAAUAACCGUCGUCUUCUUCGAAACGUCUCUCUCUCUAGGGUCACCGUCGCUCUUAUCGAUAAGAACAAAGAAGUAGGGUUACUUCAAUCAAUUGGGUCGAACAAGAUGGAUUUCGUGAACAAGCUUGAUACUGACACGUUGCUAUCGAUUCUUUCGUGUCUAGACGACCCAUCAGAUCUUGUCCGUGCCAGUGCUGUCUCACGCUCCUGGCGAGACUUCGUGAUAAGAUACGGUCUCUCGAAGAAGCUCUGCUUCAGGCUGUUCCAUCAGCUAACUUGUGUGGAUCGUGUUAAUGAAGAGUCCUCAGGCUCAUGGUCAAGGAGUAGUCUCAUGGAUACAAAGCUACUAGAAAGAGAGCACAGGGCUUUUGCUUUACUGGCUAAAGGCUGCACGUCGUCUCCAAUCAGAAGCUGUAUAGCUGAUACCAUCAUAGCAUCCAGCACCGAUAACUACCUAAAGAAGAUCGUGAACACACUCGACGAAAUAGAUCAAGUUGGUGCCACACCUUCGUAUUGGUCCAGUUCAGGACAACACAAGUCUUCAGUGCCCGAAACGCUUCUUUACAAGCUCAAGGGUGAUCUCUGUGUCGUUACUGAGUUCAGCAUUCACCCUUUCCAAGCUUAUUUUCAGCCUGGUUCGCCGAUAUACUCUUCGGAUUAUGUUCGUUUCCGGUUGGGUCACCUCGAUAACAACAACUCAGAGGAGAAAGACAACUAUGUAUGGACUUACACUUCACAAGAGUUUCCAAUGGCUCAGGAAAAUCGAUUGCAGAACUUUAAGCUUCCAGAACCAGUUGUUUGCAUUGGUGGGUAUAUGCUGAUCGAGUUUCUUGGUCGAGUUCAGACACGACAAUUGGAUGGCCUAUACUACAUAUGCGUGUUGCAUGUCAGAGUGAUGGGAAGAUCACUAGCAAAUUCGUUUAGGUUGGUGGAUCCGGACGACGACGAGUCAGGAAAGUUUGGGUUGAUGGUGGUGAGAUACUGUGAUCCCAAAGAAAUGGGUGAGACGGAAGUAGAAGAAGAGGUGCUGUGUAGGCAGUUGAGGCAGGCGGCGAACUAUCAACAGCGCUUGAAUUUCCUCCACAGGGACGAGGGGUAUGCUUGGCUCGACGAGGAAGACGAUGGCUAUGCUGAAUCAGACGGUGAGGAGGUUUAGUGUCUGAAUCAUCACCACGAGUAUGCUGAAUCAAGUGGGUUUGUUAUUUAUCUUUCUCUUUUUUUGAAGAGUUGUUUUUUUUUAAUAUUAGGCUAUGCGACAACACUACACUCUACUCUUUCAUGCUCUAAGAGGCUCACCAUAAGUAGCAAAACUAUUUAUCAUGUUGAGUGGAUCUAGUUCAUCCUUCAUUACAAACCACUUCCGGCUU